AUGAAAGUUACAAGACUUCAACUCGGUGUGUAUUCUGUUCAAGGCAAUCAGCUGCCUUUUUGUCUGUAUCUAUUUCCUUUGGUGGCUUCUUCCCCCCAAGGUCAAGAUAUAUCUUCAAGAACAACUAUACAUUCACCAUUUUAUCGAUUAAGGGACAUCGAUGCUAUUUUCUUUAAUUCGGAAAAUGAUUAUGUAUCAAAAUCAGGUCAAAUUCCCCAAGCAUAUAUAGAAACUCCCGGAUACUGUUUUCAUGAACGUUCUGGUGACUUGUUUUUAGCUGCCAGAGCUAUAAGUGAUACAGCUACUCGGUUAGGAAAUCUUCUCUUGGCUGAAUUUGCAAAAUUAGGAAAAUCUGAUUUAAUAUCGGGCGUAGCUGAUCGAUAUUUAAGAGAAGUUUCAAUAAAUUUAAUGACUCGUGAACCUCUUAUAGAGGCUGAGUUUGAAUUUUUCAUCGCAGAUUCUUCUUCAAAACCUGCAAUUUCAUAUUCCACUUCGCAAACCCCCCAAAUCCAUUCAAGUCCGAAAAGUGAUACAAAUUCUCCGCCUAGUUCAUCUUCGCAAAUUUCCGGAAGAAAACGUAUGUCCCUCGAAGAAGUUCUAGAUAAUGAUGACGAUAGAGAAAAUGAUCGAAUGUAUGAUCAAAAAAUAACUUCACAAUCUGAUCACUCAACUUCUUCUUUGGAAUCUGAAAGAGGGUCAUCAACGAUAAAAAAAGAACAAUCUCCUGUUUAUUCUGGAGGUGAUCGCUCUCAAAAUUCUUCACCAAAUCAUUCACCAAGAUCUGUUCAUUCACCAGGAUCACCUCACUCUCCAUCUGCACAAAAUUCCUCCAGUGAUAUAAUCACAGACUAUGACACUAGAAUGAGAAAGAAAAGGCGCUUUGCCAUUGGUUCUAAUAAUAAUAUCACCCCUAAUAAUCCGGAAGUCAUGGAACAAGUCAGAAAUUCCCUAAAGUUAAAACAACAACAAAAGGCCAUAAUAGAAGCUAGACAAUAUCAAGCUCAUCAACAAAUGUUGCAGCAACAAAAUUAUUUUAAUGAUAGGCAACAUCCCGUUACUAGUUGUAAUACUUUGUCAUCAAAAUCGAGUUUAAGUUCAUCAAAAAUAAUUUCUCAAAAUGGGUUGGAUUUGAAUAGAUCAAUUUCUUCAAUGUCAAAACGACAUUCAGGAAACAAAAGUAAUCGUAAUUCUAGGAAUCUUAGCGUAUUCGCUUCACCUUAUACUGGUUACAAUCAUGGUCAAAGAUCUGCUGGUAUGCCUGCAUCUGCUCCCACGAUAAAAUCUGCUCCAAGUAGACAAAGUGCUUUCGGUUAUCCAUUAUCUACAAAUUCUGCUUUUCGACCUACACAUUCUGCUUCCUUCAAUGCUAAUAUCAAUGGUCUUAUAUCUCCUCAUAAUGCUGAAGAUGGUAGCCCUAUGGUUAGUCCGGCUGCCAGUAUCCGAUCUAAUCCUUCUAAUCCUUCUAACCUUAACAGUCCUACAUCUGUUUCUAAUGAAGAAAAACCUUCAAAAGAAUCUUUUAUUCAUCUAUUUGAUAAUUUCUAUGAUACGGUUUCUGAUACACGUUCUCUUAAGACUACUCUCGAAGAUCAAAUCCGUAGAACGACUACUUUAUUACAAACACUUCAAGCAUCUGGGGCAAUGAUCGAAAGUCUUGUUCGUGGACAUUUUCGUGAAAUGAAAAGAGAGGUUAUUAAAGAUAUGACAGCCUUAGAAAAAAGACUUUCAAAAAUCGAAGAGCGUGUACUUAGUAAUGCUGCUAAUACGGGAAUGAGUCUUAGUCCACCUCAUGAUACUGAUAGAAGACUUAGUGAUAUUAGUACUGUUAGUGAUGAUAUGGGUUAUAAAAAUAAUGGAACUACGUCAAAAUUUGCUCAACCUGAUGGUAAAGAUGGUUCAUCGCAAUUUUUAUCAGCGGGCCAUCAACAUUGCAGCCCACCUUUGUCUUCCUCUUCAUCACGUAAUGAAGAGACCCAGCCUCAGGAUUACCAAGAUGCACUACUUUCUUUGAAAGCUAGGUUAGAAUCUUUAGAAAGACGUAUGUCCAUCCCAUAA